GUGACCUUCGGGUAUUUCAGUUGGCAUCGCACAUAUAAAAUCAUUUCUCAUUGUAUAAUAUGGAUGGAAGUGCAGUUAUUGGAUUUCCAAUUUCUUUAUGCACCGUUCAAGGAAACAUACUACAAUCAUUUUUUGAAUGCCAACUUCGAGGACUUCGUCACAGCUGUAAAUGGCUCACAGAUUUACUAUGGUCUUUAAAUCUUCCCAUCAUAUCUAAUCCUGAUAGUGUUUUCUCAUCAAGCAAUGUCUAUCAAAGUAUUCCACCAGAUAAAUUGACCACAUUUCUACUUGCUCGUAGUUGUUUUGAUACACAAGAGUACGAUCAUUGUGCUGAAAUAUUAUCUCAUAAUUUUGAAAAACCAAUUCAUGAUAAUCCAAAACAUUUCAUUGAUAAAUAUGGUCAUGUUUAUUAUUUCCUAUAUAUAUACUCACGUUAUAUGGCAUGUGAAAAACGUCGAGCUAAUGAUUCAGUAGAAUCACGACUUGUUUUAAAACAAGAUGAAGAGACAAAAUCAUCAUGCAUAUCUAUGGCUAAGUGUAAUAAAGAACUUUUAUCAAUAAAGUGUGAAAUCGAACCGUAUACAAAUAACAUAAAUUUAUCGGAUGAAAUAAGAACGGUCAAUAAAAUUGGUGAUUCGUUUCUACUGUAUGUUCAUUCUUUAAUUUGUCUUCGAUUGGGAAUAAAAGAAACUGCUGCAUCAUUGUUAGUUCAAGCGAUUAAUUUAAAUUUUUAUCUUUGGCCUGCAUGGUAUGAAUUGGUUGAUCUCAUAGAGAAUAAAGAGAAAAUGAAUUGUUUAAAUCUUCCUACAGAUGAUGAAUGUUGGAUGAGAUAUUUUUUUGAGGCUAAGGUGUUUUUGAAACUACACGAAGGUGAAAGAGCUUUAGAAAUCCUAUUAAAACUCUCCGAAAGUGGAUUUAGUAGAAGUCACAAUUUACAGGCCGAAAUCGGUUUAGCAUAUAAUGAAUUACGUGCUAUGGAAUUAGCUAAGAAACAAUUCAAACAGUUAUUCAAUGCUUGUCCUUGUCGAUUAGACAACGUGGAUACUUAUUCAAAUGUUUUAUUUGUAUGUGAAGAUUCAACUGAACUGGCUUAUUUAGCACAUCAUUGUGUUAAUUUAGAUAGAUAUCGUGCAGAGACUUGUUGUGUUGUCGGAAAUUUUUUUGGAUUGCGUGGACAACAUGAAAAAGCGGUUAUUUAUUUUCGGCGUGCUUUAAAAUUAAAAACAGCUUAUUCAUUAGUCUGGACAUUAAUUGGUCAUGAAUUUAUGGAACUUCGAAAUACAAAUGCUGCAAUACAUGCGUAUAGACAAGCACUUGUUUAUAAUCGACAUGAUUACCGUGCAUGGUAUGGUCUUGGGCAAAUGUAUGAAGUAUUAAAUUUGCCAUCAUUUUCACUUUAUUAUUAUAGAGAAGCGCAGUAUCUUAUGCCUACAGAUUCACGUUUAAUUGUAGCUUUAGGAGAGAUUUAUGGGAGACUUAAACGAUUUGAUGAAGCUAAAAAGUGUUAUUGGCGUGCAUAUUGUGUUGGUGAUAUAGAAGGUGAAGCAUUGAUGCGAUUAGCUAUCUGCUUUGAAAGAUGUGGUGAAGACGCGGAAGCUGCCGCAGCCUAUACAGAAUUUAUAAAAUUAUGUCAACGUAACGGUGUAAAUGAACAGAUAAAUUUAGCUAUAGCUUAUAAAUAUUUAGCAAAUUAUCAUUUACGUAAAGGACAUUAUGAAGAUUCAGCUUUAGCUGCUAAUAAAUGUCUUGAAUAUCCAGAAACACGUGAAGAAGCCAAAGCUAUGCUACGUCAAAUUACAAUAUUAGCUGGAGAUAUUGAACAAUUAGCUCCAUUGGAUUCGGUUAACAAUAUCGAUAUGCCUAUUGAAGAAAGUAAAACUGAUCAUUGUGAAUAUUUAGAUCAGAACUUACAAACAUCAAGGAAAGCAGAAGAAUCGGAGUUUUCCAGAACGGAAGUUAUGAAAUCUGCUGCGAAAGAAAUUCAGGUUUUUAUUUUAUUUAUAUUUAACAAAAUCUUCAAUAAUUUAAUGAUAUCUGAUUUCAAUUGGCUGGAAGUAAUUGACUACCAAUCUAUACGUUAUAUUUCAUUGUAAAACUACUGGAGAUUAGUUUUUACCACAAAUACUGAUAUUUACAACAAAACCGUUAGAAUUCGACAAAGAUGUUUCUUCAUAAUUUUAAUUGACUUUAAAAUGUCUACGCAAAGAAUCUUGGACUGGUAGUUCAGUGGUUAUAGUGAUCGACUUUCAGCUAUUGUUGCAGGUCUGAAAACCGUUCCACCUACUUCGGUUCUAGUAACCUGUUAUUACCACUAGUUCUCAUAAUUAGAGCAUAGCUUAAAGCUAAUUACGUGAAUGCGUACCUGGUAAAUGAGUUAGUAAGAUCAAGUUUAGAAGCUUUAAGUCUCACAGGAAGUAUAACAUUCAUACUCUUGUGUUUGAUUUAUCAAACGGGUUAUAUUUUCAACUUCAACUAGUUUUUUAUUCGUAUGUUAUCAGUUAGUUAAUCGCUUCAUUCCCGACUUGACUUUACAACUAGAAUUUUGGAAGAAUUCAUCUGGAAAUUACUCAUUAACAAGCGCAAAAUCAUCAAAAUGUGGGAGAGUUUCAUCUUCUUUUUUUCAGCAGUUCAAAAUUCAAACUGAAAUAUAAUAAACGUAGCAAUAAUUCUUAUUAUUAAAAGCGUUAUAGUGCAAUAUAAUUUCAUCUAUGUAAACAUAAUUAAUGAGUCUAAUCUAAAACGAGCCAAACGGUUAGUAUUAUGGUAAAAGAGAUCAUUCUGAUCUGUGAAAUAAAAGCUACUUAUCAAUUUAUUUGACUUUCUAACUGCUUAUAUCAUUCCUUCAUAUCCUUUGAUAUAUUAUAACUUCUGUCAGUUUGAUUACAUUUGUAGCUUGAAUUCCAUUGAAAACUUUGUUGACAUUUUUUAUUAUUUGUUAUCAAGUGGUAAUGCGUAGAAAAUGCUAAACAGUAAAAUUCUUUAAAAUGUGAAACCAAUUCAUUUUAGUUUCUUGUAAUUGUUUAUUGUGUUUUUUGUAUGUUAAAUGUAUCUCAAAGUCCCUACUAAAUUCAUAUGUGCUAGAUAUAAAAUGUUAUCCAUUUGAAAGGAAAAUGGAAUACUUUCUUUCAACUAUUGAACAAAUUUUGAAUAAAUUUUCAAGUAAUAAUAUUCGAUCUUUGUCGAAUUAUCUCAAAUCUAUUGAAUAGAUAAGUGUUUAAGCAGUCAUUGAUUUUAUGAAAAUGGCAUUCUUUGUUGAAAUUUCGAUUUUAUUUUGAUAAUACAAGUUUCUAGGUUAUGUCUUAAUUUUAUCUUAUAAUAAGUUAUGUUAUGAAAACUUAAUUACACUCUGUAUACACUAGACGAAUGUACAGUGUCUUGUGUAGAGACCUUAAGCGUUUUUUUUCUUAGAAGGCCUAUCCCCAUCUCACUCUGGAUGUUUAUGAAAUACAGUGGAGAUGAUAUGUCUUGUAUAAUUUGUAAGAUUGGGAUAAGAUUUCUACUUUCAAAAUGUGGAAUAUAUAUAUGUAUCAGGCUAAUUUAAAAAUUUUGUCUUCGUAGCUAGUAAAGAUGUAUUUAUAAGACCUCAUUAUUGUUUAGUAAUAUUUUCCCUAACUUAUCAUUUUUACUUAUAGCCCUUGAGUAUUUCAUUGAAAGAGGCUCUCACUUCUUUCAAUGAAUCAACAGUAUCGAGAAGACUUCAUCUUUCCAAGCAACCUCCUUCAUCAUCAGCAGCACUUACAAUCCAUUCAGGUCACUUAACUUCAAGCAUUUGUUAUGGUGAAGAUGAUAUUAAUGAUAGAAAUAGUGCUAAAAAUAUCACUUCUAUUACUGCUACUUCCUCGAUGGAAUCAAUGACUACUAUAACAACACCGGUUCAUCAUUCGCAUCCACCAACAUCACUUCCUUGUGACGAUGAAUCUUUUAAUCAUACUACUUGUGAAACACCAAUUAAUAGUGUCACUGCGGCGGUACAUUCAAAAUUCCAGAAUUCUCCGACUACUUCUAUUGAUAACGUUAAUGAUGAUGAUAAUAAUAAUGAUCUACAACUUGAUAUAUUAUCAUCAGAACAGAGAGAUGAAUCAAUGGGACAUAGUAGUAAUGAGACAUAGAGAGAACACACACAAUUAUCGUUUAUUGUAGAUUUUCAAUGUUCUCCACGUGUACAUUAAUUAAUUUGGCUAUUUUUUCUAAAUGAUAACAUUGUAAAGAUGUUAGAUAUCGUUUUAUAAAAAUCCAUAUAUUGAAUAAAGUUAUGAUUCUUUUC